UCUAUCAAUGAAGAGAUUAGAUGUUUUGAGCCUUUUCAACUCCAACUCUUGAAAAGAAAAAAAGGGAGAGAAAACUUUGAAAUACAAUUCCUAGUCUCUCUCCUUCACCAUCUUCUUUCUCUAUCCACUUUUAGACCUCUCUCUCUCGCUUUCUCAAAACCAUUAAUUAAUUCCUCUCUCUCACCUGAAAUCUAGAAUUUUCAGAUCUCAAACCCCUUUCCCAUGUCUAUGGCUACAACUUCUUGUCUUCUUCAUUUUUCUACCAUUCCCAUCUCCACAAAACUCACCACAUAUCACCUCCUUCACAACAACAUAAUCAACAAUAACAACAAUUCCCUUUUCCCCACAAACCCUAUUUCAAUACAACACUUAAGUUUCAUUGUUCCAACCUCAAAAUGCUCAUCCUCAUCACCUUCUUUAACAACAAUGGAAGAUGAAGAAGAUGAAGAAGAUGAAGCAUUAACAAUGGAAGCAAAUAAUGUUGCUCCACCACUUAGUGAAAUUUGGAGAGACAUUCAAGGGUUCAACAAUUGGGAAGGCCUUCUUGACCCUUUGAAUCUUCACCUUCGUAAAGAAAUCAUUCGUUAUGGUGAAUUCUCUCAAGCUUGCUAUGACUCUUUCGACUUUGAUCCUCAUUCCAAGUAUUGUGGCACUUGCAAGUACCAAGCUUCCCAAUUCUUUCACAAGCUUCUCAUGCCUGAUGCUGGCUAUAAUAUCACAAGAUAUCUCUAUGCAACUUCCAACAUCAAUCUCCCCAACUUCUUUAAAAAAUCCAACUUUACACAUGGUGAAUCCAGAAAUUUUUCUAACAGAGUUUGGAGUCAACAUGCUAAUUGGAUGGGUUACGUCGCGGUUGCCACCGAUGCCAAUGAGAUCAAACGACUCGGCCGCCGUGACAUUGUUAUAGCUUGGAGAGGAACUGUAACAUACCUUGAAUGGAUCCAUGACCUCAAGGACAUUCUCCGACCGGCCGGUUUUAUCCUGGACGACACGUUGGUUAAGAUCGAAUCUGGAUUCUAUGAUUUGUACACCAUGAAAGAGGAAAAUUGCGACUACUGUGGAUUUUCAGCUCGUGAGCAGAUUUUAGCUGAAGUUAAAAGACUUGUUGAACAGUAUUGCAAAUUGGGAGGAGAAGAAAUCAGCAUUACUGUCACUGGCCAUAGUCUUGGAGCUGCUUUGGCUUUGAUUACAGCCUAUGAUAUAGCUGAGAUGAAGCUGAACGUUGUCGCUCGAGGCAACGGUAGCCGCCCCGUGGCAGUUCCGAUCACUGUCUAUUCAUUUGCUGGUCCUCGAGUCGGGAAUCUCAAGUUUAAGGCCCGGUGUGAGGAGCUCGGAGUUAAAGUGUUGCGAGUGAUCAAUAUUCAUGACAAGGUUCCAAUGGUACCAGGCAUUAUAGCCAAUGAAAAGUUACAGUUCCAAAAAUAUUUGGAAGAAGCCAUGGCUUUUCCGUGGAGCUAUGCUCAUGUUGGCACAGAACUUGCACUAGAUCACACACACAGUCCGUUUCUAAUGCCAACAAACGAUCUUGGGUGUGCUCACAAUCUCGAAGCUCACCUACACCUAAUCGACGGAUACCAUGGUAAGGGGCGGAAGUUUCGACUAGUGACAAAGAGAGACAUAGCCUUGGUGAAUAAGAGUUGUGACUUUUUGAGAAAGGAGUACGGUGUGCCACCGUGUUGGCGACAGGACGAAAAUAAAGGGAUGGUUAGAAAUAGUGAGGGGCGAUGGGUGGUGCCCGACCGGCCAAGACUAGAGGAUCAUCCAUCGAAUACCGCCUACCACCUUCAACAAGCUCUCAAAGUUUUUGGUUCUUAGAUUUUGGAUUUGCAAUCAAAAUAAUGAUAGAGCCUUAUUGUAUUAUGGAGAGUAGGUUGAAUGGCUUUGUCUAAAUAAUGUCAUUAUUGAUGAGGAGUGGCAUUAUUUUGGUUUCAAUAAAUGUAAAUUAUUGUGUGAAUUGUUUGGUGUAUUGUUUAGGAGUAGAAUAUAUGGUACUAUUUUGCUUUUGAAUAUUACUUCUAGAAGGCCUUUUGACCCAAUCAAUUGUCUUUAUUUGUAUA